AUGACCGAAGAGCCACCACGAAAGAGACCGAAGAUGACCGCAACGAAGCAACCCGCAAACGUUUUCGAGGGGCUUGCUCUCUCCGCAGACGAGAUCAGGCUGGUCGAAAUCACUCCCGGUUCUACUAAGCACGAUCUGAGCCUGCAGAUGCGCGUUUGGCCGCUGACCCAAAGCCUGCCCUUCACAGCCUUAUCAUACACCUGGGGAGGUUCGCAGAUGAUCUCCCCCGUCCGUCUCAAUGGCACAGAAUUCCUCCUUAUGCCCAACGUGAAGGCGUUCUUCGAAGAAAUAUUAGCGCGCAGUGAGAGGUCGUAUGCAAGCUCUCCGAGGCGUGAUUGGUUGUCGACGCGCUUUUGGAUCGACUCGAUUUGCAUUAAUCAGAGCGAUGGCAAGGAGAAGAGCAGGCAGGUCGCGAGAAUGACGGAGAUCUUUGAGUGGGCAGAGAAUGUGCUGACGUGGCUGGGUCCGGAAGAAGAAGACAGUGAUUUGGGUUCGAGCAUCGUUGGUACGUGUGGGCAGGGCCAUACAAAUGACGGAGAUGGGGAGGCAAACGAAUUCUUGGAAGAGAUGUCAGAAGACGAUGAGGCUUUCAACAACAGAUUCUUAGCUAUGACUUCACUCCCAUAUUGGACAAGGGCUUGGGUUAUCCAGGAGGCAACGACACCGCAUCGGAAAAGGAACGCGAUAGUGUGGCGCGGAAACAUCUCGUUGGAGCUGGACACUGUGGUGGGAGAAGCGCUGCUGGUCUCGUCUGGGCCGCCUUCCAGCGGCAAUUCCCCGCUCUUGCACAGCGGUAUAGAUACUUUCCGGCUUCUCGCAGCGAUCAAAUUCCGACGAAAAUGUGCUGGCUCCGCAAUAGCACUCCCCGGUUCCAUCGGGAGCACUGGCGCCAUCGGGAUCUACACUCUGUUCUCGUGCAUGCGAUCUAUCAGUUCAACGGACCUAAGAGAUCGCAUCUAUGCGCUUCUGCCUCUUUCCAAUAUGGCUCACAUUGAAGACCUUGCGCCCGACUACAGUAUUUCUGUCGAAGCUCUAUUUCAAAAGGUCGCAAUAUGUAUGAUUCGCGAAGAGAGUAAUCUGAAUAUCCUCGGCUUCGGUGGACAGACUGGUAAUCGUAACCUCAAACUACCCUCCUGGGUCCCGGAUUGGAGUUCGUCCAGUUUUGCCCGCGCCUUUCCAAGAUGUUCAAUCGACUCUACUAGCGGCGAAUAUGGGAAUCUCUAUCAGGCUAGUACGUGCGAGUUCGACGGUUGGAUCGACGAAACAUGUGGACGACUCCAGGUGCGCGGAACCAAAGUCGAUAGCGUCCAUUCCUGCAGCGCGACUCGCGUGCCCGCGGGUGCCCCCGAGGUCACAGACGAUGACGUAGAUGCCGACGACCAUGUGGACGACGACAUAUGGGUAGAGCUGCUCUGGAAGACGUUUGCGCUCCAGAAGGUGUCCGAGCAUAGCACGAGCUGCUCAUGGCGCGAGGCCCUGGCUCACACGAUGUGCGCGGAUUUGGAAGACGACAUGGACUUCGAAGAGUUUCAUCGUGGAGGUAGCGUCCCAAUAGGGAAGCUAGAUACGAUAACUGGAUUACUCCUUGAGACGCGGGAGCUGGUGCGUGAUAUCACCAUGUGGAGGAGGCUCUUUAAUACGACAGGUGGGUACUUAGGCCUGGGACCGCGCGAUGUUCAGAAAGGCGACUCGAUAUGCGUUCUCCAUGGCUCUCCGUUUCCCAUGGUACUGCGGCAGCUUGGAGAGUCCUGGGAGAUUGUGGGAGAGGCAUAUAUACAUGGUUUGAUGGAUGGAGAGGCUGAAGCGUUAGGACUGGAAAAAGAAACAUUUGUAAUUGUAUAG